AUGAACUAUUUUUUGCACUCACGUUGCAUUCUUCAAGGCAUACCUUGCCGUCUUGCGACGUCUAAAGAGACGGACGGGUUCAGCUUCCACGCAGUGAUCGACAACGAUGUUUAUACAUGUCUCAGUCGCAGACCGCACGAUUUUCCCAAUGUCCCUUCUCGCACACAAUCUUUAAACCUUAAACCAAAUGUCACCGUGCUACCGAAUUUCCAUGAGAAGCACUGGACUACCUCGCAGAUUCCGUUCUUGGGCUUUGCACCCAGUAGCAACCCUUUUAAAUUCCAUUUUCUGAAAUGUCUGGAUUACCAUUUUGGUUCUAUACCAAUUCAGAAAAAUCUCGACGGCUUCAUUCUUGAUACUUCUGUGAAAGACGACUGGGACUCCUUAGAAAGGAACAUGCGUGCAUUUCUUCGUGCGUGCAUGAAGUUGAACUGGCUCGGAAUACCGGAAGAUUUUAGACUCUGGCCUUACCCAAAUAAUUACGGGUAUCGACAUCGCUGGAAGACAGAUGCAGAUGCCCGUCAUGCAGUGAUGCGGUCUCGCCAAGCCUUUAUUCCUUUGAUUGCCUGUAUCUCGUUCUUCCUUCACAUACUCUAUCAUCUCGACAAUCAAUGGGUCAAGCUUAUCGCUUCGAAUUAUAAUUCCGUACUACCUAGCCCUAAUCCUUUCUGGAGUAGGAGGCAGAAGGAAUAUGAAGAGCUUCGUCGAGGACCCGUUCCUUCGAAAUGGCAAUGGAAGGAGCGGCUUCAGCAAGAGACAUCGAUCAGUUCAGAGUGGCUUGCGUAUUUCCAUCAACUCAUGGAUAUUCCUGUGGUCGGCCUGUUUUUGGAUGUGCACAAUUCGAACUGUCUUCCUUGGAUCCCUGUUUACCUCGAGGCCAAAAUGCCUAUCAUGUUGUAUUGGGGUUCUAAGGAUAAUUGGUCCAUCCAUCCCAUGUUAGAAAAUGUGAUUCCAACCCCCACCCCUACUAUCAUCAGAAACUUGCUCUCAGAACAGACACUGUACCCGCCACCCACACGUGUAGAGGAAAGCUAUCCCGGUGAUAUAGGCAUUUCUCACUAUAAACCUCGGCUGCGUCUACCCCGCAUUGAUGGUGGAACCUUACCCCGUCCAAACGAGGACCUUUUCUCGUUCAUCAAGCGUCGCGACGCUCAAAGGCUUCGAGCCAUUUCUUCUGAGACUGUUGUUGAACGCCAAUCUCGUCUACAGCGUGAAAAAAAUGCAGAGAAGGAUAGAGCACCGGGCCGGAAAGGGGCUCGUGUGUACUACUGGGAUCUGGUCGAAGGAGUGAGGAUACGGACUGCGGUAGGAAGGAGCAACUAUGAAGACAUCUGGGAGAAUUAUGGUUCGCGCCAGCGACGUUAUGAUUCAGUUGCAGACGAAUGGGAAGUUUGCACGGACUUGGAUCCUGAAGACGGUCCUGAUGAUAGCCUUUACGAUGAUGACGAUGACGACUCAAAUUUUUUCAUUUCAGUGCAGACUCACAUGAACGAGGAAACAGAUCACAACGUGGGUACUGCUUCAUCGGGUUCCUACCUUGCUCGUCUCCAUCCGAAUAAGCGCACGGAGGCCAACUCAUUGAACUCCGGGUCCUGUGGAGACAUUGAGGAUGUCGCCUAUCAUAGAUAUGGAUUUCUCAAACAACCUCGACCCGAUAAUCGCGAUGUUGUGCUUAAAUCACAGGUCUGGAGCAAGAUAUUGGGCCUAAUUGGAUGUGGACGUUCACCACCAUCUCCUGGACCAGAUGAUCACGUCAAACUUCAAUUGUGUAACUUCGUAACCCAAAUGAUGGAUGCAGUCGAUCUACGGACUGCACCCCAAGUGUAUGAUCUGGCUGUUAGGAAUAGUCUCAUGAGGCCUCCGGUUCCUUUUGAAGUUGACGUAUUAUGCACAUUCAAUGGUCAUUAUUUUUUGAUACAAGCCCCAGGUGCCACAGAUCACGAAUCAUACUUGAUCGCUUUACGCAGUGCCGCCACCGUCAUGGAGAUAGCACGACGGGAGUGGGGUCCCAACACCGAAAAUAUCAUCACACGCCUGAUUGAGCAUGGGAUGCCCUUUAACACACUUAUGGCUAGCUACCCUCCUCGCAAAUACCGGGCUAUCCCCUAUCGUCGACCUGCCAUGUUGGGCCUGCGUCCUGCCUCAUUCAAACCAACGUUACAAGACUACUGUGCUUAUGAGAUUCUUCGUGAUGAUUUCCUGCGCUCAGCUAGAGGCCGUGCGGCACUCCUUGCUGGAGGUAUCAUCUCCCGAUUAGCUCGAGAAGUGGUUGAUGUGAAUGAUGUUUGCGAUGGGCCUACUGGACAUGCUCUGCAAGAAGGAGAGUAUUCACUCUGCGUUUGGGAGGCGGGUCAAAAUCGAGCAUUUUGGGAUGAUCAACUUACUAAUGAAGAAAUGGAUCUCAUAUGUGGGUCAUACGAGGUUGUCACAGGUCUAGUUUCGAAAGACGGCGUAGAGCAGACUGCAAUCCGAUCAUGGUGGCCCCGUUCGGGUUCCUGGAGAUCAUGUGGUCUUAAUUGUGGAUAUUGGUCCGGAGAUGCUGAAGAUUGGUUUCAGGCACAUCUGCGCAAGAUUCGCCUUAAUGAGACAGUGAAAUUAAUGACUAGUCAAGAAUGGCAUAGUCGACUGAAGUUCAAAAAAGCUCACACUCUUUCGCACAAAAAUGACCAGUUUGCCACAGAGUAUCUCCAGAAGAAGUGUAACUUAUCAUUUUAA